CGCAUCUCAUCUCUCCCCAUCGCCGUUCCUCCAUCCCGCCAUUGCCUAUCCCGACAAUGACACAACCCAAAAACAUCCUGAAGUUCCUCCACACAAUCGAAAACCUGAAGGUCACCAAGAGAACUGGAUGGAUUGAGCACAAAAUCGCCAACCCCGAGUCUAUCGCUGACCACAUGCACCGGAUGGGUGUUAUGGCAAUGCUUCUCAACGACCCGGCCGUUGAUCGCAAUCGAGUGAUUCAGAUGGCUAUCGUGCACGACCUGGCCGAGUCGAUCGCCGGCGACAUUGCUCCAAGCAGCGGCAUGUCCAAGGAAGCCAAAGCCCAGCUCGAGAAGCAAGCGAUGGAUUCGCUCGUUGCCAUGUUGGAAGGCUCGCUCGAGGCCCGAGAGAUCGAAAGCCUCUUCAUGGAAUACGAAGACGGGACCACGCCCGAGGCCGUGAUCGUCAAAGAUCUCGACAAGUUUGAGAUGAUCGUUCAGGCCUUCGAGUACGAGCAGAGAAACGAUGCAGAUCUGCAGUCCUUCUUCGACUCAACCCGGGGCAAGUUCAAGCACCCCACAAUCAUCUCCUGGGUCACCGAACUCGAGAUCCAACGAAACCAGUUUCACAGCCGCAAGCAGUCUGCUCAGCCAUGAGGACGAACCGCUCUCAAUAGCACCACUUUCCGAGCGCGGGGACUCGGCCUGGUCCGCGUGCAGUUCCUCCAAGAAAUGACUUGG